AACCAUAAAAAAAUCAAUGCAUAUCAUGUUAUAACUAUAACAAGUUGCUUCCCUUGGCCUGUAAGGAUAGGUUUAGCUGAAGCUGUGAUAAAUUUACAGUGACCAGUCUUUACAGCAAUUUCAUUAUUUGUUCAGUGUCUAUAUAUAUGAUGUCUUGUCGAAGUAGGGUGUACCAGGCCCACACAAGUGCUUUAGUAAUUGAGUUGAACAGGAUGUUGUGCACUACUCUUGAUCCACGUGUAUUGAACCUAAUCAGUACUAACAACAUGAACAUACAAUUCUUGCGCAUCUGCUACCGCCGCAAUUUGCUUCAUUGUGUAAGAUGGUGGCAUGGUAAUAGAAGAGGCCAUUUUCACUUUCAUAAAGUCGUGUAACGGAUAUAUAUAUAUAUAUAUCUAUAUAUGAACACAUGUGUGAAUGUGGCUUCAAAGAUAGGGGUGAUGAUUUAAAAAUUCAGUACCAUGACUGGCAAUGAUGCCUGGCCACUCAACCUCCACCAGGAUAUUCAAUCCACUGGACAUCUUAGCCAAUGCUGCCAGUCUCAUUCCCAAAACAAUGACCCCUCAACAAGACACAGUGACCUCUGACCCAGAUCCAGCUACAGACAAUGUCUCAACUACUGAGGAUUUGGAGAAGAUGUUUGAUGAACACAACUAUGGUAACUCUAGGAAAGUUGUUGUGAAUAAAAUUAGUCAUUCAAGUUUCACAUCUGAUCUUGUACCAAAAGGAAAAGAGGGAGUGAAGUUGAAGGACACAAACAGAAAAGUGAUUGUGACAGUUGUCAAUCGUUCUGGGGACCAGCGAGUGGUGAAGACAUUCAGCAGUGUGAAAGCUGUCAAAAACAUCCUCAAGACAGAUGUUUGUGUAGACAAACAGACUGAGCAAUGGGAAAAGGUUCCUUCAGAUGCAGCAAAGUCACCAGAACCUCUUAUCAUUUCAUCUGAGAAAAGUAAACAGAGUGAGAAAGCUACAACAGAUGUUAUAUCCCAGCUGAAUGCGGCCUCACCAGCCAGUGUGAACUUAAAAUCAAUAGACUCACUUCAAGCAGUGCAAAAUACCUGUGAGAAUGAGACAAAAUCCAAUAACUCGCAAGAAGAGAAGACGGGAAGCAACUCUAGUCAUCUAUCAAACAAAGACCAGGUGAUUCAGGAACAGUUGACCUUUGUGAACACUAAUCGCCCGGAGGAACGUCAAGGUGAGAGCGACUGUGUUACAUGUCCAUCAAACCAUCGAGGUGUGGAACAGAGUUUAACAUGUAAACAGUCCCUGGAAAGGCCAGACCUUGGCCCAAACCAAGAUGAUUUGUGUGAGUCUCGAUCCCUAACAAAAGAUGAUCAGUCAGAGCAAGGAGAAUUAGAAAACGGUGAAAUUGACUGUUCAGCAGCUGUGUGUGGUUCACCAGAAAUACAUCCAAAAAUGACCAUUUCUUCCUCUGGGACUUAUAUUGAACAUAGUUCUGUAGAACAUGAUACUGAUAGUUGUGCAAUACAUAAUGAUGAGAAACCUGGUGUUAUAUCCGAUAAUGAACACAGAUUGCAUGGUGAAUUGUCAGGGAAAAGAGAUUACAUUGGAUCACCUGAAGGAUGUUGCUUUAAAAUGUGUGAAGAUGCAAGUGACUCAGAAAGCUGGAGAUACGAGGGAAAUAGAGGAGACAUAAGACUUAGUGUGGAUUUAGAUUCACCAAAAAGUGAACGUAAUGAAAAUGCAUCACUAGCAUAUGAAAUGGGGAAAACAAAGACAUCAUUAGACUCUAUGUCUAGUCCAAGAACAGAUGAAGAAAAUUUUGAGUGUUCGGAAGCCUCUAACUGUUCAGCUUCUAACAGUAGUAGUGCUGCAUUGAUCAGUAACAUAGACCAUUGUUAUGCAGGUCCCACCCAGAACCCAAAACUAGAAGAAACCACUCAAAUUCAAACUCAGAAAAAUGAAAUAAACACAAUUAGUUCAUCAUCAGAAGACUCGCAUCAAAAUAGGAUAAAUUUGAAAGACCUUCUCCAAAAUCGCAAGAAUAUUGUAAGUGGAUGUAUUGACAAAGGUGAUCCAAAUGAUAUCAAUCAAAAAAGGGAUGCUAUUGUGGCUGUUGUUGCAUCAGAACCUCAAGUGGCAAAAACUGUGCAAACAACAGCACCAAAAGAAGUGUCCCCAAAGUUUGGAAAGUACCGCAUAGGGACUUUCGCAUCUGUGAGUAACACUGCCAUGGGUUUAGAAUCUCCUACUAAAAAGAGAGGUUCAGUCAAGGCUACUUCUCUACUGACAAACACAGUAUAUACUGACAAUGUCCCACUGGUGGUCACUCAGGGAGCAAGAACUUCACAUUUUUCUGAUUUGACUCUUCAACAAGUUUUGGAAAGAAAAUGGGUUAGCGUCACGGACCACGAUCAUGACUACUGUCUCCCACGAGUCCAGGGUCCUCCACUUUUUACCAAACAGAAGAAGGCAGAGGAUAAAAAAGUGAAAAAAUUGGUGCAGACGGACAGCACUGAUACCGAAUCCAAUGAUGAGUUUAUCCCUGAUGAGGACAGUUUGCCCAGCUCUCCUCUGCCCACUCCCAUUCCACGACAGAGGACCGCCAAGAUGGAGAAAGUUGCAGAUUACAUCAAGGGUGGUACCUCCGAUUCCAAGCUCAAGAUCACUGGCAAAUAUCAGGAUGACUACAUUUACUUUCUGAAUACAAAGCUGAGGAGUCGUCGAAGAACCACCAGUGAGGAUCAGAAAACUCUACCACCCAAUAAAAUCGUGGUGCCACUUCCCAAGCCAGGAGACAUAGUGGUUCCUCAUUUAACAGAUGCAGAUUUAGAAUUGAUUAAAUCUGGAAACAGUGAUAAAAUACCACAACAAAUGUGUUCAAAUACAGACAAUCUUAGAGGUCUGAAACCUUCGGUACAACCAUCAACAUCUGGGACAAAUUCAAACAGCUUCUCGGAUGAAGAGAGCAAAAUAAUAAACACAAUCCUCAGCAUGGAAAGUGGGGAACAGAACACCCCAGGCCCAGUGAAUGAGGUACCAAAUUUUGGGGAGACCCCUGCAUUGUUUGGUGGAACUAGUGAUGAUAUCCUUAACUUGACACCAGAACAGAUGGAGAUACUUUAUAGUGCCAUGGAUGAGGUCCAAAGCCAGUCUCCAGAUAUAUCGAGUGCAGACAACAAAUUCAACCUAGAUGUUCCAAACAGUCUGGAGACGGCAUCGACCACUACUACAUCAACAACAAGUAGCAGUACUGUUCCUGCAGCAGGAAAUACCUACCAAGAGCUGCCUACCAUUCCCCCAGAGAAAUCCACUAUGGACUUAUUCGGGUCUGAGCUGAAACUAUUUCCUGAGGCUCCCUUGGAAAGCAGCGAGACCGUGCAACAAAAGUCUGCACUACCAACAGUCUCAGGUGUGACAGAUUCCUCAGCUCCAUGGAUUGUCACUGUCAGCAUGUACUGGAAUGACUUGCCAGCCAUUAUGAUAGAUAAUGCCCCUUUUGUGAGAUUGGUUGACAUUCAUAAACAAAUUCUACCUGCAAAGGACACUGGGAUUCUGAAAAAAAGAUGUCAAUUAUUAGGAAUUCAGGUUCUGAACUGUACAGAAAUGCAGCGUUAUUUUUUAGUUCAAUAUGGCAAGGCUUUUAACUCUAAAAGCACCCUGAUCAUUAGCAAAGAUACUGCAAAGUCCCUGAUUGGUUAUUAUGUCAAUCCAGGAUCCCACCCCCCUAGGGUGAGGUGUCGAACUGUGGGAGAAAAGACCAGGAAUCCUAUACAAAUCAAUAGUAACAAAAAAAAUCAUUCAAAGGCAGCUGUAGAAUUGAAAGAGGAAUUGGGAGAAUGCGCCCCAAUAUCAAUUGUUCCUACAUCCCCAGUGGUCGCACAACAAACACCAUCACGGACACGGCACAAGAAAAUCAACUUCCUGGAAAUGCUGAAGGGAGACUCUAAUAACAACAACACAGAGGAAAGUGAUGUAGAUAUCAAAGAGGAGUCGAAGGCAGAGAAGACCAAGCGGGCAUCCAAAGUCAAAACAGAAGGAGAAAGUAGGAGCUCUGCAGAGAAGAAACACAAGGGAGAGUCGAAAGAGAGCACAGAAAAGGCCGUGGUGGAAUCUGGAAAAGGCACAACAGAUCAAAGUAAACUGGAACAAAGAAGUGAAUUAGUGAAAAGGGACAGCACCUUUCAUCCUAAAAGACUGAAAUUUGAGAAAAGUAAGAAAUAUCCAGGACCAUUAAAAGUGAAAUGGACAGUUUUUAGCAACAACAAAAAACAGCAACCUGAAUGUGAAGAGGACAUGGAGUUAGGUGGCAAGGAGAAUAUUCUUUCUGUGGUUCACAAGGACAUGACACCCAAAAAUGUCCAUGGAGGCAGGAUGCAGGCCGGAAAUGUGUUCCUGGAUUUAUACAAAGGACCACUGGAUCCUUGUAUUCAAUGCUGCACAUGUGAGAAGUUAUUUCCCAUCGAUAAUUUUUUGAAACACUUGCAUGAUGUUAAUGAAUCUAACAAACUCCUCGUUGUGAGACAGCCACAGACUUUUGCUCUACGAGAUUUGAGGCCAUCGUUGUACCAGAAGAAACUAUGGGAGCAUUUCUUUAAAAAAAGGAAAGCAUAUAAUGAUGAGUUAAAACAGAAGAGAAUGGAAAAGGAAAAAAAAACAUCUUUAGUGGGAGAAAGUCCAGGUACAUUUAAAUCAGAUGUAAGAAUUAGUGGUCGUAAACGCAGACCAAAGCAGCUCCACCCAAUAGAGAAUUAUCGUUAUAACUUACCAAAAGGGUCUGCAAGUGCUACGGAUAAAGUGGACUUGAUGAGUGCACCACCUCCCAGCAAAAUCAAGAAAACUGUGGACAUUUCCACUAUGUGUGAAGAUAUCAACAUGCGAGAUGGAGCAGAAAGUGUAGUGACAUUGACCAAUGGCCCAGAGGUCAUCAGUUUUACAGCUUUAGAGGGGGCAUUUGAUGUUUAAACAAUGUUUAGAAGUGUUUCAAGGGUAUAGUGAUUGAAGGGAGAUAACUCAGACCUUUUACCUAGUAUGUUGACUUGUGCAUGGAGAUGUAAUUUUUAUUUGUCUUUCAUUGUUAGUUAUGAAUAAUUUUCAGGGACAAUAUCUAGCACUGUUUUGCUAUUAUUGUUCAAUUUUAAAUGUAAAAGUUUACAUUAGAAUUUGUUUUUUGGUAGUUUCAGAAUGAAUUUUAAACUGUGUGCAUGAAGUAAUGUUAACAGGGGCAUAUUAUUUUCAUUUCGGUGUUAAUCAUGAUUUAAAUCUGUCAACUUUUUGUUUGUAAUGCAUUUUGAUUGGAAGGAUAAGGAGAUACCGUUUAUGUAUUUUAUCUAAGUUAGUCUGUACACCAUGAAAAAUAAAAUCAUCGACAGAUGUCAAUGUAGAAAACCAGCAUGAUAACCGUUGGGUAUAGUUUGCCAUGUCGCUAUAGAAUUCCUACACCUCUCUUUAGGUUUAUAAAUCUUUUCUAUUUCAAUGCUAACAAAUAUGCUUUGCUUAAAAAUUUAAGUCUUAGGUUUCUAUUCUGGGAUUUAUUUUUGAUCAAUUGCUCAUCUUUCCAAGCAUCUUCUUGCCAUUCUUUCAGUAUAUAUCUCUUGAGGGGGAAAAGGGUGUGCAAAAAGAAGGGUUAAUGAUCUAUUUAUUUUCAAUAUUGCAUCACGUGUGAAUAAUGUAUGAGUGUAAAUAUUGAUUUUAUUGUCAUAGACUGUCACUAGAGAGCAUCACACAUAGUUGUAUUCAUAAUUCUGAGAUAUUCCUGCAAAUGAAUUGGAAAAAGGAUGUUUACGUACAUGCAAAAUAUUGACACGCAUUUAGUCCUAAAUAAAAUUUAUAUCAAGUUGACAGAUGCUAGCUUCAGAAUUCAUUCUUGUUUUCGUUAAACGUUAAAGCAUGUUUCAGAAUUAUUGGGGUUUUUUUUUUUUUUUUUUUUUUUAGCAGUAUUUUCUUUUCAUUUUUAGAAGUUCAGCUUAACCAUUAAGAGGGGAAAUAAACAUUAGAAAAAAAAUGGCUGAUGCAUACUUGUUACUGUUUAACUAUAUUAUAUCUGUAUUAGUCAAAUUAUCAAAUGUAAUUGAAAGUGUGUAUAUAUACAAAUAUUGUUUGUAAUUUGAUCAGGAAACUUUUUAUUUUAUUUUUAAUUAUGAUAUUUGAUUUGACUAUUGGCUCUGGACCUUGCUUAAGAAAUUAUUAAUUAUUUCGAGUUCUAAUAGACCCAGUGUUAGGGUUACUUGAGCACUACCACCUGUAUUUUUUAGUGUGUGCGAUCUAAUUAUAGAGAAUCAUUGUAACAACACAAAGUGACCAACAUCCCAAAUGCCCAUUUGAUAUGUAAAUAAAAUAUCCAUCUUGAUUGUAAAUAAGGAUGUACAUUUGAUCUAUGUAGUUGACAUACAUGUGUACACUGUUCGUGGAUAAUAUACAUGCUGUUACAGGAUUACAUAGUGCCGUUUGCUAUCAUGAUUGAUGUCAGGUGUUAAAGAAAAAAACUUGAUAAAAUUUGUGAAAACCUUAUAAA